AAAUCGCAGCUUGCAAACACAACCUAAGCAAGCAACCAUGGCAUCCUACUCUUCAAAUUACCUCCGCUUACUUUCUUACACUAAACUCCUCACUUCUCACGUCAACAAUGGCCGCCACCACCAAGCCCUCUCUCUCUUCCAACACAUCCAUUCUUCUCUCUCCCAAUGCUUAGACCCCUUUAUUUUCCCACUCGCCCUCAAGUCUUCCUCCUUCCUCCGCCGCCCCGACAUCGGCGCGUCCAUCCACGCUCUCGCCGUCAAGUCCUCCUUCGUCAACAGCCCUUUCGUCGCCUGCGGCCUGGUCGACCUGUACGGCAAAUGCGUCUCCAUUUUCUCUGCCCGCCAAGUGUUCGACGAAAUUCCCGAACGAAAUGUCGUCGUUUGGAACUCGAUGAUCUCUCUGUACACCCGUUCCAAAGAUAUGCAGAGCGCUCUCAACCUCUUCAAUGCGAUGGAUUUUCCGCCGAAUGCAUCCACCUUCAAUACAAUCAUCAUGGGGUUUUCGGAAAUGGAAGACGGGCUUUUCGAUACCCUCAAAUUCUACAGGAAAAUGCAGGAAACGAAUAUACAGCCAAAUUUAAUCACUCUCUUAGGAUUAUUACGCGCUUUUGUAAGCGUUUCAGCGUUGCAUUUAAUCAAAGAAAUGCACGCAUUCUCGAUAAGAACCGAUAUCGAUCCAAAUUCGCACUUGAGCAGCGGCCUAGUGGAGGCGUACGGGCGGUGCGGGUGCCUUCAGAAAGCCCGUUUCGUAUUCGAUAGUAUAAAACAAAAGGACGUAGUUGCAUGGAGCAGCCUUAUAUCGGCCUACGCACUGCACGGACAAGCAGGAAAAGCACUUGAGACGUUCGAACAAAUGGAGUCACAAAACGUGAGAGCCGACGAAAUCACUUUUCUCGGGGUGCUCAAGGCUUGCAGCCAUGCUGGACUUGCUGACGUGGCGCUGAUGUAUUUUUCCCGGAUGAAUGAUCAUUAUGGUGUGGGGCCCAACAGCGACCACUUUGCUUGUUUGGUUGAUGUGUUGAGCAGGGCGGGGAGAUUACACGAGGCGUAUGAAGUGUUGAGGAAAAUGUCGACUAAAGCCACCGCCAAAGCUUGGGGUGCGCUUCUUGGAGCUUGUUGUACGUUCGGGGAAGUGGAUUUAGCGGAGAUUUCGGGUCGGGCUUUGCUUGAAAUAGAACCGAAUAAUCCUGCUAAUUACGUGUUGUUGGCGAGAAUUUAUGGGGGGUGGGGGCGGUACGAGGAGGCUGAAAAGGUUAGGAAUGAAAUGGUGAAGAGAGGGAUUAAUGUAUCGCCCGGUAGUAGUUGGGUUGCGUAAUAACGGUGACAUGGAAUAUGAAUUAUUACACGAUUUUUUCGCUUGUCCAAAAAUCAAGACGGUUGUUUUCUGGGGAGUUAGAUGCUACACCAGUGAUUUACAUUGGGUUGAUUUGAUGAAUAACUAAUUAUCCACUAAGCACACAUACACAUGGGUGUGUGUGAUUAUGUGUAGAUCUACGAUUCAAAUUUAUCCAAUAUAAAUAAUCAGGUGUAGCAUCUAAUUUCCCUUAUUUUCUGAUCUUUUAUGUAUUAAUUUGAAGGUGGAAAUUAAUUGGAGAAUCAACAUUAUAAAUGUAGUGAGCUUUACUUUCUUUGGAGGUUGCUUAUUGUUCCUAUAUGAAUAAUGUUGGGAUAAUUACAUUUGAGGUCUCUCUUGUUGACGCCAUUUUCACUUUUAGUCCCUCAUUUACCACGGUCAACAAUUAACAUUUUAAUGUUAACAACUAAUGACACAUUUGGUCCCUCCGUCUAUUUCACUUUCAACAAUUAACGGUC